UUGUUGGCCACAAUGUAAUCAGCUCUAUUGAACAGGACCCAGAGAAACAUACGUCCAGAAGGAGUUUGUGAUGGAGCGUGCCGGCUCGCUGCUCCGCUCGCCCUCGACCACCUGGUCCAUGUCGUCGACGUGGCUACACGUGACCAGCAGCGGCAGCACCAGACAGUCGGUCUUCUCGACUGCGGCGACCUUGACCAGAAUGGCAAUGCGGUUCCCGUGCUUCUCGACAACGCCGUCCUGGGCACCGGCUAGCAGCUCACUCCGCAUUGGUCCAGCCUCGUCGUCGUCGUCGUCGUACUCCCACAGCUCGGUGAACGGCGGCAGCGUGAAUUGCUGCUUCAUAAUGCCCACCAUGGCCGCUGCUGAGUCGGCAUGGCAGGCGAUCCUGCACGUGCAUGUCGGUGUAGAGCGGAUUGGCGAACCGCAGGACCACCGGCGCAGUGGUCCCGGCGCGCAGGCCCGGCGCAUGGGCGACCAGGAUUCGCGGCAAAAAGUGCAUGGCCACCAGCUGGAUCUUGAACCGCGUCAGCUGCGCCUUGCUCUCGGGCUUGAUCAGAAUGUGGUGGCAUUGGCGGCACCGCCGCGCCAGCUUCAUGUGCAGCCGCACGCGCUGCGGCUCCGCCUGCUCGGCGGUCGAGGCGGCAAAGUCGGCGUUUUCAACGGCCAUGCGCUGGGUUACCUGCACAUGAUCGGUAUCCUCAUACCCUCCCGCCACAUACCCUGCCGGCGCCUGUGCCUUCAACGCCGCCGCGCGCUGCACCGCCCGCCAAUGCUCCAACAGCCCCGCAUAUUCGGUCCUGCUCCCGCGGCCGCGCAGCCUUUCGAUCUGCGCCGAAAUGCCCGUCGGCUUCUCGAACGCCCAGCCGAUCGCCCUGGAGUCCCAGAAACACACUGCGCACGCCAGACUAUAGGGCUUUGCAGCCGCAGUCUCCACGUCGCCCUCGACGACCGCCAGCACGUGGGUGCAGACGGGGCACUGGAAGCAGUUGCGCGCGCAGCUGUUCUGCUCCGACCGCACGCUGGCCGUGGGCACGUCGAACAGGCAGUUCGGGCAGUGGUAGCCGGCUGGCUCCUCGAUCACGCAGUGCGGGCAGCGCAACGCACUGCAGUCGUCGCAGUAGUACAGGUGCUCCAGCGGGAACGCCCGCAGAGGGAGCAAGGGCGACGUGGGGAGUAGCGGCGGGCCUUGCGUCCGGAAUGCUGUGCAUCUGUCGCGCCUGUCGCCCCAUUGCACGCGCAGUAGUAGAGAACGCUGGGCUGUGUUGUCAUUCAGGCACUGUGAUUCGGUAGGAAGGGGAAUUAGAAUUGGAUAGGGGAUUGGUAUAAAAAAACUGUGUAUGGAAACAAAAACAACGAGGACCUUGCUGCGUUGAUCUCCUGGUCAAAAACACCCUGUCAGUA